UCAUAUCCCCGUUUGAAUUGCAACGCCUGAGUUAGAUUAGUUGUUAGAUGCGCGUAGAAUAAUGUGGUUGCUGGUUCUAUAUGCCGCUGUGAGUGUAGUGGCCCAAAAUGGGACAAACAAUGUUAUUGAUAAGCGAGAUGUUUUCGACUACGACUCCAUGCCGGCUCUCUCAGAAUUAGAUGACUUCGAUCGAUGUUUGAAGGACAAGGAUGCUGUCUACUGUAUAGUGGAUAUGGAGCUAUUGGAAGAUGAUACACCACUGUACCAGUAUAUGAAGAACUUCUCAUCGCUCUAUUACAAAAACUACAAACACACGAAACUUCACAGAGGUGUGUGUGGCACACAGCACUGCGGUUUGAAUUUAUCGCAUGCGAAUGUCACCGAACUUACUGUCUCCGCCUUGAAGGAGUGUUUCAACGCCUCUAUACAUAAGGGGUAUGGGUUACAGGUGGAUUCGUUAUCAGUGCGCUAUUGUAAGACCCAAGAAGACCAGUUACCCAUUGAUACUCUGGACAUAGUCAUUGGAUUACUUAUACUGAUGCUGCUGUUCGUAAAUCUCGGAUGCUCAGCAUAUUAUUUCUUCUGGCCACCUGAAGAUAAGCGAUGCAAUCGAUAUUUGUUGGCGUUUUGCAUACAAAAGAAUUGGAAAGCGUUGAAAUACGGUGGAAGCGCUGAUGGUGGAAUCUUCAAAUGUUUUCAAGCUAUGAGGUUCUAUACAAUGGUCAUGAUCCUUGGUCUGCAUUCAAUGAUAUUUAUCGGUUAUGGAUACACAGAGAACCCAGAUUUCAUUGAAAAUUCCUACGACGAUUUCUUCAAGGCACUGCUAUUCAAUGCCCGUAUCAUAGUCCAGAUUUUCUUCGUAAUGGGAGGUUUCCUCAUGGCGUACAAGAUGCUGACGUAUGCGGAAUCCCAUCAAUUCAGCUUGAAAACCAUCCCCAUGGCUAUUGUCAAUAGAUGGCUUAGGCUCAUGCCAGCUGUGCUGGUAGUGAUGGGGUUAGCGAUGACGUGGGUCCCACAUAUGGGAUCCGGCCCCAUGUGGGAUGCCGUGGUGAAGAGAGAACGCGACAUGUGCCGGAUGAACUGGUGGCAGUUGGUAAUACUGAUGCCUAACGUGUUCCCGUUCGAGUACCUAUGCUUGCCGCAAGCGUGGUAUCUAGGUACAGACACACAACUGUUCCUCAUGACAAUGGUGGUAAUGCUCAUCAUCUGGAGGUGGCCAAGGUCCGGAGUACCAGUGCUAUCAGGGGUGAUGGUGGUCAGUCUGCUCAUACCCUUCCUGCAGAGCUACUUCAUGGAGUUACUGCCUAUACGCGUUAGCAUCUUCCCUGAGUCAAUAAGGAACAUUUUCGGCUACAACGACACGUUCUACCACGCGUAUGUGUCCGCCCAGGGUAACUGGGCAGGCUACCAUCUGGGUGUACUAACUGCCUGGUUCUACCAUCGAGCCCAGAAUAAGAAAUGGAAUCUUGGAGAAUCUUGGCUCCUCAAGAUCCUGUUCAUCAUUUCAGUCCCAGUGGCAUUUGGGACAGUCCUGAUGGGUUGGGAUCUCCACCAUCGCGAAGCGACAGCAUUCGAGUCGGCCAUCUUCAAUGCGCUGAACCAAAAUUUCUUCGCUUUUGCCAUGUGCAUAUUUAUUAUUGGAUACUUUUAUAAAUGUAACAAAUUGUACGUAGGCUCAGUGGAGUGGGGACCCCUCCAGCCGUUGGGCAGGAUGUCCUACUGCGCUAUGUUACUCCACGCGACUGUACUUAGGACAUACGGUGGGCAAAUGAGGCGAUCCUUCUAUGCUACUGAUUAUACCGCUAUAAUGUUAUACGCGGGCAUAGUAAGUACAACCUACCUCUUCUCUCUACCUUUACAUCUAUUCGUGGAAGCACCAGCCUGCGCCUUGCAGAAGAUCUGGUUUGGACCUCGCCGACAACCACGCGAAGAACCCAUGAAUGUGAAACCAGGAGUGUCAACAGUAUCCGUGUCUACUGUAUCCACACAUAUAUAGUUUCCUAAAGCCUCGUAUUAUGAUAAACAUUGGUUGAGCAACAAUAGAUCAAAAAUGUUCCUAGAAACUGUAAUGUUAUCGAGAACAUCAACUCUGAAUCGCAGUAUUGUUAGCAAAUUCUUGAGAGGAACUCUUCAACAUGCUGAUACAAUUUGUUGCAAAAGAAAUGUUUAUCGCAGGGCUUUACGAACAUGCGUUGUUCUGCAGCUCCCUUAUCAUUUUGGGGUAUGGAACACGAUCAAACUUACCGAAUUUCAACAAAAAUUUAACAAGAUAACUAUAUAACUGUUUCGGAGUUUGGUUAUAAAUACUGUGAUACGAGAACAUGUAGGAUUAUAAAGUAGCAUGAGAAGGCGGAGCAGUCUGAACUAGUUAACAUUAAGGAGCGUUAAAGCGAAUUUUCUUCUGCCUUAGUGAUAUAUAAAAAUGUACAUCCUACCUACAGUAAAUACACAGCGGGCUAACAUUUUCUAUUCUUUUUGUUGGAUUAUUCAUUAUGUUAUUUCUUAACUUGUGCUAUAGGAUAUAUUACUAUUAAAAUUUGUAAACAGCUAAUUAAGUUAUGUAAUCAAAGAGCUAAAACACAAAGAACUGUGGAUAGAGACAGUAAAACAAAGAAAGAAUAAAUAUCCACUCAACUAUUAUGAGAAUAUUGGGUACUUAGAAUUUACACUUUUGAUGUGAUAACGGCAUUAAAUUGAAAAUGUUGUUUAAUGGAU